UCUGGUUUUCUAGAACAUUUACGGUUGAGAACACUACUUGUAAAUAAAUAAUAAAAUGUAUUUUUAGAAAUAAAUUUAUUUAAAAAUAUGAAAUAAAUUUUAAAUUAAGAUUUAGACACUAUAAUUAUAAAUAAAUUUAAUAUAUUAUAUAUUUAUAGUUUGUAUUCACUAAUCCCUAUUAUAAUUUAUAUUUAUAAGAAUUUUAUACUGAAAUAUAUUUAAAAUAUAAUAUUAAAUUUUAUAAAAAAAACCUUCCUAAAAAAAUUCAUAUAGACAAAAUAUCAUAUAAACAUUAUUAGUUGCAUUCAUUUAAUUAAUUACUAUAAUACUAUAAAAUGAAAAAAAAAUUAUUAUUAAUUAUAUAUAUUUUUUAUUUUUUCAUAACUAAAUAAUGUAUUAAUAUUAUUAAUUUAUUAUUAAAUCAUUGUUGCACAUGCUAUUCAACCAAUUAUAAAUAUUUCAUAAACACAUAUUUCUAAAUGUUACAUUUAUAAAUCGCUUAAUAAUAGUUAAAAAUUUAAUCAUUUUAAUAUGUAAAUUUUAGUAAUAGUGAUUCCUAUAUUUAAAUUGGAAGCUAUUUAAUUUUUGAAUAGUGACAGUUGAUUGCGUAGUUUGAGAUGAACAUAUUUGAUAUAGCGGACCGUUUAAAUACAAUUUGUUAUAGAAAAUACAUAAUGCGGAAAAAUACGGUUCAUCUGAAAUAAGAGGUUUAAAACUAAAUUUGAAUAAUAACAUGUAUAAUAAACAGUGUUACAAAAUAAAUAUUAUUUAAAAGAUAGUUUUCAUUUUUUUUUGUAAAACUUACCAUAUAUUUAUAUCAUAGAUUUGUAUUGAUUAAAAAUAAUUUUUAAAAACAAAUCGUAGUACCUAUCCAUAAAUAUUGUCUCUUUAAAUUAGUAUUGAUAAAAUUGAGUAAAUAUUUUAUAUUUACAUAGAAAGGUAAAAUUAAAUAAAGUAAAUAUUUUAUACUUAUAUCAAUACAUAUCAUAUAUAAAUAUAAUGCAUAAAUAACAUGUUAUUUCAUACAUUAGAAUUUAACGAAAUACAUGUCACUGCAAUUUUAACGAAAUACAUGUUACUACUCUAAAAUUAUGUUAUUGUGGCUUUAAAAUCAAUAAAUACAUUAGAAUUUCACAAAACACAUCUCUCUUCCACUAAUAUACAUAUUUAAACUAUAUUACUAUAUACUUGCAUAAUAUAUAUUAUAAUUAAAACAUGCAUUAUUAAAUAUAAUAAUUUAACUAAAUCUAAAAAUUAUAUGACGAAAAUAAAAAGAAAAUAAGUAGACAAUGAUAAAUUUUGUAUUGUUAAAUUUGUAAGUAAAAUAUAAUGAGAAUGUUGUAUUUAUAAAUGCAGAUAAAUAAAUUUUAAAAUUAAAUAUUUGUGACAAAAUUAUUUAUUGACCAACAAAAAAGAAGGAGAAAUAAACAACACCAAAUAUAUAGCAGAUGAGAUGUACAUGCAUAUCUCCCAUUUUUUCUAGAAAUAUUUUUCUUGAAAAACAAAAAAUAUUAAACUGUAUACAGAUCUUGCAUUUUAGAAACAGAAAGUUGCAAAUGAAGAUUUUAAUGCGAAAGAACUGCAUGUAGGGCAUAACUAAACUUCUUCCCUACACCAUUCAAAAUUUUAGUUUAAAUGUAAUUACACCACAUGUCUACGAUCGACAUCUAUUCUAGCGAGUCAUGACAACGUUAACACUGUCUUUGAAAAGGAUAACAAUGUUUUGGCUUUUGUAUUAUAAAGAAGAGGUUGAGUGGAGAGAAAAAGGAGAGACACAUGGAGAUGGUGAUGAAUAAAGUGACGUAAAGAACUUUGAGUUGAUUACUUAAUGGACCACAUUAUGUCUUUCUCUUACACUAAAAGAUACAUAGCACAUGUGAGGCACUUUCCCUUGCCCAAAGACAAAAAAUUGACUAAUAUACCCUUACUAAAGACAGUUUGAUAUUUUGCUUCCUAAAAGGAAACCAGUUUGGUCUAUGUAGCUCGGUGUAGGUUUAGGUUUAUUGAUUGAAGUCACUUAAUUUAGACCGUCAGAUCUGGAUCUUGUGUUUCUAAUCAAAGGCCAAAAUUAAAACUUAAGAAGUAAGGUAGCUAUGAUAAAGGACGUAAAUUUGUUGUGUUGGGUGUGGAGGAAGCCACUCUCGUUGUUAAAGUUUCUGUCUUUAUUGGAACUGUUCUUGGCAAACAUUGAAGGUUGGUGCGAUGGAGGAUCAGUGCAUGGUCAUGUGCGGCGAGUGGGUUUGUGAUAAUGGAGGAAAGUGGGAUUUUGUGCUUGACAAGCGUCAGAUGGCGCGGCUGAUUCCUUUGUACGAAGGAAUGAGCUUGUUUGAGCUUCAACGCAACGUCUUGCGUGAGUUUUGCGUGGAGGAGGGUUUGUUUGUGGCUGCGCUUAGCUACUGGCCGCCGUCGAACUUGGAGCUAGCGACCGGGAUAAAGACCCCGCCGGUAUUACUGACAAGUGAUGGAGGUAUAAGAUACUUUCUGCAGCAUUUGAGAGUGAAAGGAGCUAUGAAUCUGUUCGUGAAAUUUGAGAGGACCAGCUCCGACGAUUUCGUUGAUGGUUCCGGAAUGGGUUUUGUAACGCCGUUGACAUGUAAACCGAAGGGAACUUCCAAGUUGAGUUCUUGCGCAUCCAAAAAAAACACACCUUUUGUUUGGUCGGCGACUUCAAAGUGGAGUUCUUGCUCGACCCAAAAGGAAGCACCUUUUGUUACGGCGGAGGAUUGUAAUCCGAAGGUGAGUGGUGGCUCGUCGAGCCAUUGUUUUGUGACGAGAGAAGGUCCAACAGAUGCUCCAGAAGAGGCUCCAGAAGAGGCUCGCAGAAAGAUUCCAACUUCGCGUGUUGUUAAUGGUGAGGAUGUGGAGUUUGUACGUGAGGUUGAAAGGGUUGAAGAAGUAAUCAAUUGUGGGAGUGUGUUCAGACAUGAAGAAGUUCUAAGCGGCAAAAAUGUUUUGGAAGAUGCUGUGGAUGAGGUUGAUGAGAGAGACGUCAGGCCUAGAGGCUAUGACAAAGAUUUUUGGAGUCCACUUCUCAACGACGACUAUGAUGGGUCUAAUGCUGUUAAUGUUAUCUACAAUGAAGAUGAGCUUGUGGAAGAUUUGAUGAAGAAUAGUGGUGGUAGAAGCAGCGCUAAAAGUGACUCUGGUGAUGACAAACCGACGUGGAUGGGGACUAACACCUACAAUCCGUGGACGGGUGGGGAGAGCAGUGUUGACAGGAUGCCACGAGUUUCAACAAGAAAGCUAGAAGACGUCGAUGAUGAGGAGUUUGAUAUUCCGCCACUUUUUGGUGAUACCAGCUAUGCUGCAGCAGAGAUACCAGACAUGGACUUGGAGGAAGGUGAUGGAAGGAUCCAUGUUGGGAAGGUGUUUGGUAACAAAGAAGAUUGUCAAAUAUCACUGGCUAUAUACGCGAUAAGGAAUCAGUUCCGUUUCAAACAGACUAGGACAAAAGUUGACUCUUUUGUGGUGGAGUGUCCUGAUCCAAGGUGUGAUUGGCGUGUGACAGCCCAUGAAAUAAGAGGUACUGGCUAUUACGAGAUCAGGAAAGCACAACUAGAUCAUAGCUGUCCGAUUGAUUUUAGACAGGGCUAUAAGAGUAAAGCUACAGCACGGGUGAUUGCAGCUGUGUACAAAUCGAAAUUUGGUGAUCCAGGAAAAGGGCCGGUGCCAUCCGAAUUGCAGAAGCUUGUGCUGGAGGAUCUUCGUGUAACUGCUUCUUACAUGAAAUGCUAUAGGGCUAAAGAGAAGGCUGUAAUCGACAUUCAUGGUUCUGAAGAAUCUUCUUAUUUGAAACUGCCUGAGUAUUUGCAUAUGUUAAAACUUGCGAAUCCUGGUACAGUGGCUGAUAUCGAAACAGAGGUUGAUGAGGAUGGUGAUGAGCGGUUCCUUUAUCUGUUUCUUGCCUUUGGAGCGUCUAUACAAGGUUUUAAGAAGCUACGGCUGGUGCUGGUUGUAGAUGGAACACACUUAGGAGGCAAGUACAAAGGUGUGUUACUCACGGCAAGCGGACAAGAUGCAAAUUUUCAGAUUUUCCCUCUAGCUUAUGCUAUUGUGGACAGCGAAGAUGAAGAAGCAUGGACUUGGUUCUUGAUGAAGUUGGAGAGGAUAUUAGGUGAUUCUCCUAGGCUGGCAAUCAUAUCUGACCGUGCAGCAUGCAUUGCAUCAGCUGUGAAACGUGUGUACCCUUCUGCUAAUCACGGUUACUGCAUUGUUCAUUUGGCUAGAAACGUCAACUCUCGUAACUCAAGCAAAAACUUGGCUAAAAUGGUAACAUCAACUGCAAUGGCUUACCGUAUCGGAGAUUAUAGGGAUCUGUUAAGCAAAGUAAGGUCUCAGAGGAGUGAGUGUGGAGUGUAUCUGAGUAAGAUUGGUGUUGCUCAUUGGUCAAGGGCUAACUUCCCGGGAGACCGCUAUAACAUCAUGACUAGUAACAUAGCGGAGCAGCUGAACCAUGCACUCGUGGAAGGGAGGACUUCACCUAUUAUGGAGUUGGUUAUUUUCAUUCAAAGGAUGAUGACAAGGUGGUUCAGUGCAAGGAGAAAGAAGGCGGAAAACCACAGGGGUACAGUUAGUGUGGAGGUGGACAAGGUGAUGACAAACAAUAUGGCAACAAUGAAGGGGAGCAAAGUGAAUUCUUCUACUGAAUGGAGUUGUGAAAUUAUAGGGAAGUAUGGUAGGAAAGAACGUGUGCAUCUUGCCACUAAGCAGUGUAGUUGCAAGUAUUUUGAUAAAAUCAAAAUACCAUGUGGCCAUGCUAUGAUUGCUGCUGACAGUUUGGAAGUGCGUUAUGAGACUUUGGUUGAUCAUUACUACAAGACGUCUACAUGGAGGGAGACAUAUGCUGGGGUAAUCAGUCCAGAAGGAGACCCUCGUGAUGUGGAUAUACCUGAAGAUGUGAAGAAGAUGGUGUUGAUGCCCCCUGUCACAAAGAGACAACCUGGUCGCAGAAGGAAGAACAGGAUUCCCUCGAUUGGUGAAUAUCCGGUUACGAAGAAGACGAAGCUGGUUCCAAACAAGUGUGGUAGAUGUCGUAUCGAAGGGCACAACCGUUCCAGCUGCACCAACCCAAUAUAGAUUGACGUGGACGGCGUUAGCGUGGAUGAUGGUGUCGAAACAUAGAAGGCUAACGUGGAUGAUGGUGUUUUUUUCGAAGUGGAGAAGAUAGUGUUUUGAGAUAAAGAAAGGUGCUUGUUAAUCGACAGAAGUGUGAUAUGUUUUGAAAUGAGAGAACCUUCUUGUUUAAUGAAUACUCUUGUUUAGUGUUAUCAUGUCGACAUGAGUGUGGUGGGUUGAGACUAAUUGGAUGUUUAGUGUGAUUUGUUUUAAAAUGAUUGUGUUUUGUUUUCAAUCGAGAAUACUAUGGUCGACUAGUUUAGAUCGACAUGUGGAUGUUGGUUUAUCAAAUCUUAAUGUUGGUUUGAGAAUCAUAAGUGAGUUGCAAUGUAAACACACAAGAGCACAUAUAGCUACAACAAGUAAAAAACAACCCAUAGAGCUACAACAACUAAGAUCCCUAAGCACACGCCUAAACAAAUGAACAACAAUUCAGAACA